AUGGAAGCUUCUGGGAAGGUGCACCCGCUGAGUGCCCCGGUCGGGGGGUUGCGAUGGAAGCAGGAGGCUCAAGAGCGGUUUCCGGAUCUAGCCCGCACGGCUGGUGUGUUUCCCUACAUGGGGGAUGUGAUCGAGAGGGAGGCGCUAGACACGCCCUAUGACUACGCCCCCCCGCCAGAGAUUGACAGUGAAGUGGCAGGGCGAAAUCCUUCUGAGACGUCACAACAGGCACAGGCACAACAGGAGGAGCCAGUGGAUAUCUUUGCGCUGGGACUGGUGGAGGAGGGGGUUCGAGUGCAGAACCCUGUGGUGUGCGUGAGGGGACAGGGCAGUCUCCCGCAGGUGGUUCCAAUGCCUUCAGGUGGUUUUCAGGCUGAUCGUGCCGAUGGGAUGAGACCUUUCCACGUGGCAGCAGUGGCAGCAGUGGCUCAUGGGAUGGCAGCACUGGCUGCACCUGGUGGGGUCAGCAGGGGGGCACUUGCAUCUGCACCAUCUCUACUCGGAAACACUCGUGAAGGAACCAGGGAAAGAUCUCGGCCGUUGAUUCUACUUGGUUCAUCGCCGACGAUCCGAUGGCUUUCCCCAGAAUCCUUGUUUCUAUCGGGCUAUCCUCGCCUUUUUCUGGCAGCACCUUCUCUUGCAUUACAUCUCCGUUUUAUCGGGUCUAACGCGAUGCGCCAUGCUGCGUUGCGCGUCGUUUCCGCGUCGGCCUCUAAAGUCUCGCGUCGCAAGCCCGAUCUGACGAGCAAGUCGCGGAAUGCUCUGUCCUCGGGAAUAAUUCCCGCGACAAUUCCGCAAAUCCUCUCGAGUCGCGCGAUCGGCGACGCGCGUCUUGACUCGUUCCAGGAGGCCGCGCCGCCUUUCGCGCCGAUCGCGUCGCGUUUCGCGGCGGCUGAUGCGGUCGUUCCUCUCGCGACGAGUGAAAGGAGGGGCCGAAUACCAGCCGUUCCUUUCGCGGCGCGGAGUUACGUUUCAGGCACGGGCCGAACCGCAGCUCCGGCAGCGAGCGCACCAGCAGGCUCGCCACUAGCCUCGGCAGCGAGCGCCAACCGAGCCUCGAGUCCAGGCUCGGAUAAGGCUGGGAGCGAGCGCAGGGGCUGGAAUCUGCUGUUCGGCGGGGGAGGGGAAGAGAGAGAGGGGCAGGGAGCGGGGGGAAGGGGAGGCGGAGCAGCGGCGGAGGCGGAGGGCAAGGGGGAGAGCGGCGGCGGAUGGCUGUCGCGGUUCCAGACCUUUCUGCGGCUUGGGAAGGGCGGCGCGGGGAAGGCGGGGGAGAAGAAGCGCUUGACGCACGCGGAGGGUCUUACAGAAUUCGCCAAUCAGCUGAAGAGAGCGCGGCAGUUCGGGCAGCUGACAACUUUCGGAAAGAGUCUGCCCAAGGGCGGGCAGAGCGUGGUGACAAACUCUCUGAGGAAGCAGGAGGUUAUCACUUUGGCUCUGGCUGCCUAUGCUGCUGAAGCCAAACUGGCCGACGAGCGGCUCUCGAUCCCUUUCAGUGUGCGGCAGCGCGUUGCCAGCGAAACUGGCAGCACCAUGGGCGAAAUCGACAUGCUCUUAGCUAAGUACGAGUGGUUCGCAGAGGCGGCCAACAGAAUGCAGGCGCUACAAGAUGAAGGGAAGCCGCUUCCUCGGUCCUUUGCUGAGAUCGAACAAAUGAUGGGUGGCCCAUGGUCACCACCCAAAAAGGGAGCAGGCUCGGGAGCCAGUUCUGGUUCGGCUGGCGGUGCAGGCUCGGCAGCAGCAGCCCCGGCUCGCAACAGCCCGUGCCCCUGUGGCUCUGGGAAGAGAUACAAGAGGUGCUGUGGAGCUGGGACCAAAUGA